AUGGAAGUCGCAGCGGCUGAUCAGUCCCGGUGGAUGGCGCACCACCACGCCGUGCUGAACGGCCAGCACCCGGACUCGCAUCAUCACGGUCUGAGCCACAACUAUAUGGAGCCCAUGGCUCCUUUACUGCCGCAAGACGAAGUAGACAUGUUUCUGAACCAUUUGGACUCUCAGGGGAACCCGUACUACACCAACUCUCGGGCCAGGGUCACCUACAGCCAAGCGCACGCUCGCCUCACUGGAAAUCAGGUCUGCCGACCGCACCUCAUCCACAGCCCCGGUAUCCCUUGGCUGGACCCCGGGAAGGCAGCCCUGUCCGCUGCCCACCACCAUAACGCUUGGGCGGUGAGUCACUUCAGCAAACCCGGCCUGCACCCGACCAGCUCCGGCUACCCUUGUAGCAGCAACACCGGCACGGCUCCAGUGUCCUCGCUCACUCCGGCGACCCAUUCGAGCCCGCACCUCUACAGUUUUCCCCCUACCCCGCCCAAAGACGUGUCUCCGGACCCCGGGCCCACUUCGCCCACCUCCACAUCCACUAGAAUGGACGAAAAAGAGUCGCUCAAGUACCAAGUACAAUUGACAGACGGCAUGAAGAUGGAGAGUUGCAGCCCUCUGCGCGGCGGCCUUGCCUCGAUGAACAGUCAGGGCCCAGCCACGCAUCACCCCAUUCCCACGUACCCGGCCUACCCUCUGCACACACCCCACGAGUACAGCGGCAGUCUGUUCCAUCCCGGCAGCCUGCUCGGUUCGUCGUCCAGCUUUACGCCCAAGUGUAAAAGCAAAGCCCGCUCGAGCUCAGAGGGCCGUGAAUGUGUAAACUGUGGCGCCACGUCCACCCCUCUGUGGCGACGGGACGGUACGGGCCACUACCUGUGCAACGCCUGCGGAUUGUAUCAUAAGAUGAACGGCCAGAACCGACCGCUCAUCAAACCAAAACGUAGACUGUCAGCUGCUCGACGUGCAGGCACCUGCUGUGCAAACUGCCAGACCACCACUACGACCCUAUGGAGGCGCAAUGGCAAUGGAGACCCAGUGUGCAAUGCCUGCGGCCUUUACUUUAAACUGCACAACGUCAACAGACCACUGACGAUGAAGAAAGAAGGCAUCCAGACGCGUAACCGCAAGAUGUCGAGCAAGUCCAAGAGGAACAAGCGCUCCAGCGACGGCUUCGAAGAGCUAACCAAGUGCAUGCAGGACAAGGCCUCACCCUUUGGUGCUGCCCCUGGCCUCACAAGCCACAUGACCCACAUGGGUCACUUACCCCCUUUCAGUCACUCGGGACACAUGCUGCCGACUCCCACGCCCAUUCACCCUUCAUUCGGGCCCCCCCACCACACCAACCGCUCGCCGGUUUGGGCAGAGCCUCACUGA